UAAAAAUGGAACGCACAGGUGGGCUGAGACUGCAGCGACUUCCAGAGGUGCCCCGCAUCGAGAAUCUCCGCGGAAGCAGCCGGGGUAGUCAGGGACGCUCAGAGUCUAACCACAGCUGGACCCAUGAUUUCCGAGAUCCCAUUCGGAGCGUGAAUCGGCGCGAGGACUUGAAGUUGUUUCGAAACUCUGCCAAGGAUCAGCUGAAUGUUGGCAGAGAGAUGGCACCUCGGGAAGUGCUUCCUGCCAAGGAAGAGGUGUCAUUGAGACUCUUGGCAGAUCAGCCACGGAGUUUGGAGGAGUUUGUUCAACAAGACCUGGACACUUUCUGGAGGUGGUGUCCCACGCCAAUAGAUGGAUUGCACAGGUGUGGCCUGUUGGUGAAGCUGUUUGACUACUGCGGCCUCACACGCAAAGAAAACAAAGCAGGAGACAAGGUAAGGCGGCUUAACAGCGAGCUGCAUGCUCUUGGAGUAUUCACAACAGAUCAAGUGGAGCCUAACCAGCGAGUGCCUUAUGAGGCAUUUGUCCAGAGCCGUCGAUUGCGAGAAGCCGUACAGAACUGUUCAGAUGCCAAACGGUCUUGGGAAAACAAGAGGAGAGGUUGUAGGCCUCCUGCGGGGCAGACACCGCUUGCACUUUGGGUCCUGAGCAUCAUAUCUUUCGAGCCCAAGGUGCACUAGUGCGGAACAGCUGAAGGGCGCGAUGAGUGGCGGAGCUGAAAGAUCCAGACCAAAACAGAAUACGUAACAAGUAUGAAG